GCCACUAAUGUAAAAGUUAACGAGGUAGAUUUCGAUCCAUCCUAUGUUGCACGCCUUAUUCCAAAAGUGGAAUGGAAGGUGGUGAAGACAGUUGCCGAUCAGCUUGGUGAAAUGCACAUACCUCGACUCCCCGAAGAAGUUCCCUCCGAUUAUUCCGAAAACGUUCAGUUUCUGAAGUUGGCACACCGUGCACUUCUUGAAGUGGACGUUGUCGAAGGUACCCUUAUAUGUCCAGAAACCGGUCGUGAAUUUCCCAUUUCCAAUGGAAUUCCAAAUAUGCUUGUGAAUGAAGGCGAAUAA